UCCGCCCGCCGCCCGCCGCCCGCAGCCAUGGUGUCCCCCGUCACCGUGGUGAAGAGCGAGGGGCCCAAGCUCGUCCCCUUCUUCAAGGCCACGUGCGUGUACUUUGUGCUGUGGCUGCCGUCGGCCAGCCCGUCCUGGUUCAGCGCCCUCAUCAAGUGCCUCCCCAUCUUCAGCCUCUGGCUCUUCCUGCUGGCCCACGGGCUCGGCUUCCUGCUGGCCCACCCCAGCGCCAGCCGCAUCUUCGCCGGGCUCGUCUUCUCCGCCGUGGGCGACGCCUUCCUCAUCUGGCAGGACCAGGGCUACUUUGUGCACGGCCUGCUGAUGUUUGCGGUGACCCACGUCCUCUACGCCUGGGCCUUCGGCACGCGUCCCCCGGCCCCGCGGCUGGGGCUGGUGAUGGCGGCCCUGUCCGGCCUGAGCUACGCGCUCCUCUACCCGUACCUCAGCGGCGCCUUCACCUACCUGGUGGGGGCUUACGUGGCGCUGAUCGGCUUCAUGGGCUGGCGGGCCGUGGCGGGCGUGCGGCUGGGCGGGACCCUGUGGCGGUGGACGGAGCUGGCCGCCGGCGCCGGGGCCGUGCUCUUCAUCGCCUCGGACCUGACCAUCGCCGUCAACAAGUUCUGCUUCCCCGUGCCCUACGCCCGGGCGGUCAUCAUGUCCACCUACUACGCCGCCCAGAUGCUCAUCGCGCUGUCCGCGGUGGAGAGCCGGGACCAGGACGGCGGCCAGAGAGACUGAGGCGAGGACCUAGUGGGGACCUAGCGGGGACUCGGCUCGGGGAGCUCCGGACGGGCGGAGCCCUCCGGGACCCCCGGCCCCCGCCCGGGGCCGCCGGAUGAA